AUGUUGAAAUCUUCAUGGCGCGCUUACUCUCGUCUCUCAUCCAAUUCACGGCAGCUCACCGAAUAUUUUCUAUCUACACUUCCCUUAUGCCGGAGAAUUCAAGACUUGAAGACCUUAAAGUCUCUCCUAAUUGUUCAUGGCUUAAUCACGCACCAACCGCUGAUUAAACAAUUCAUUGACCAUUGCUGCCAUCUGAGUUUUCUAGAAUUAGCUCUUUCCACUUUCAAAAUAAUCGAGAAGCCGAGCCUGCCUUUGCAGAAUUUAUUAACUAGGAGUCUGUGUGAUAAUAGGCUGUUUGACCACGUGUUGUUUGUCUAUCAGAAAUGUCGAGGUUCAGGUUGCCUAUCGGAUAAUUAUACUUACCCUUUUGUGCUCAAGGCGUGCUCCGCUUUGGUUCAUGUUAAUUUUGGUCAAACGAUCCACUCUGCUAUUUUAAGAACUGGUUUUGAAGAGAACGUGGUUAUACAAACUGCCCUGAUAGAUUUUUAUUCAAAUGUUGGCGAAAUCGUGAAUGCGCGUGAAUUGAUUGAUAGAAUUACUCACCCAGAUUUGGUUGCUUGGAACGCCUUGAUUUCUGGUUAUUCUUUUAAUGGGUUUGAUCGAGAGGUUUUCAAGGUUUUCCAGGAGAUUCGUAAUAUGGAUUUUAAACCUAAUGUCAGCACUUUGGCCAGUGUGAUUCCUGUUUGCUUGCAUUUUGGUGUUCAUAUUGGUUACUCACUCCAUGGAUUUGCAUUCAAAUGUGGAUAUUCUACUAACGAGUCUUUGGUGCCUGCCUUUAUUUCGUUGUAUGGUAAUUCUGGGGAGUUGUUGGCUGCUAGAAAUAUAUUUGAGUCUUUGAUGACAAAGAAUGUAGCUGUAUGGAAUGCAAUGAUAUCUGCUUAUUCAAGGAACCAGAAAUCCUAUUGUGCUGUUGAAUUGUUUCAAAGAAUGCUAUUAGAUGAUCCGCGGCCUAAUAUUGUCACUUUUGUGUCUGUAAUUCCCUCUUGUGAAAAUCAUGGCAGCAUUUUUCUUCUUGAAUCCUUUCAUGCUUGUGUAAUAAAAUCCGGAUUUGAGAGACAUAUCUCUGUUGUCACAGCCCUUCUAUCAGUGUAUGCCAAACUUCAACAUGUAAAUUCAGCUGAAUAUCUUUUUAAGACCACCACCCCAAGAAAUCUUCUGUCAUGGAAUUCAAUGGUUUCUGCAUAUGUAAGCAAUGGACUCUGGGAUGCGGGUUUGAUUGCAUUUCGUCAAAUGCAGAUGGCAGGUUUUAAUCCAGAUUCAAUCUCAAUUAUUAGUAUCCUUUCUUUGUGCUCGGAAAAAGGGGCAGCGCUGCCCGGAAAGUCGGCCCAUGCAUUUAGUCUUAAGCAUGGAAAUGAUGUGAAUCUCAAUGCGUCCAAUGCACUGUUAGCAUUUUACUGUGACUGCAGAGAGUUGGCCUACUCAUGCAAGAUAUUUAUGAGAAUGAUUGAGAAAAAUCUCGUUUCAUGGAACACAAUGAUUUCUGGAUGUGUAGAUAAUGGAGAAGCAGAGCAAGCAAUGGCCUUUUUUCGUCAGAUGAGGCAAGAAGGUUUUCACUUUGACAUGAUUACCUUAAUAAGCAUCCUUCCCUCUUGCAAUGAGUGUGAAAAUUUAGCUUUAGGGUUGACAGUUCAUGGCUAUGCUGUAAAAACUGCACUAACAGCUGAUAUUUCUUUAGCUAAUGCUCUUAUUAGCAUGUAUAUUAACUGUGGAGAGCUUGACGCGGGAUGUUUACUCUUCGAGUACAUGCCUAAUAAAACUGUCAUUUCUUGGAACGCUCUUAUGACUGGCUAUCGAUAUCAUGACUUACAAAGUGACAUCAUUUUUUUGUUCACUCGAAUGGUCGAGGAGAAUCAAAAACCAAAUUAUGUUACCUUGCUGAAUGUAUUACCUGCAUGCUGCAGCCUUCUUCAGGGAAAAUCAGUUCAUGCUUAUGCUUUUCGAACGGGUAUUGCACUCAAAACUCCUCUUCUUACAUCUCUCAUGAUCAUGUAUGCUAGAUUUGAAGAUGUAAGUUCAUGUUUGAUGCUGUUUCAUAUGGGAGAAAAGAGGAAUAUAUCCGUUUGGAAUGCUGUUAUAACUGCACAUCUACGUUCAAAUAAUGCCAGAACAGCAUUUUCUUUCUUCCUUGAGUUGCUCCGAAGGGAGAUUGAGCCUGAUGUUGUAACCAUUCUGAACCUCAUUUCUACGUGUCUUCAAUUGAAUAAUCAGCAUUUGACAGAUUCCAUUUUGGCUUAUCUAUUCCACAAGAGCUUCGACAAAGAUGUGGCAAUAAGCAAUGCGUUGAUCGACCUGUAUGCAAAAUGUGGUAGUCUUUCUUCUGCAAGAAUGCUCUUUGAUGCGUUGCCGCAAAAGGAUACUUUCUCCUGGACGGUUAUGAUUAAUGGGUACGGGGUGCACGGUGAUGGUGAAGCUGCACUCGAACUUUUCUCACAGAUGAGAACUAGGGGUUUUAAACCGGAUAAAAUUACUUACAUGAGUAUUCUGUCGAGUUGCAGCCAUGCUGGUCUUGUCGAACAAGGCAAGACUAUUUUCAGCUCGAUGAUACAAGAUGGCAUAUUGCCUGGAAAUGAACAUUGUGCGUGCAUGGUCGACCUUCUGGGAAGAACAGGGAAUUUGAAUGAGGCAUAUGAACUUAUCCAGAAUUUACCGCAGAAACCUUCUUCGAAUAUACUAGAAUCACUGUUGGGUGCUUGUUUAAGUCAUGGAGAUUACGGAGUCGGGGAGGAAAUCGGUAGUUUGCUUCUGCAAAUGAAACCCGAAGAUUCUACGCCGUAUGUGAUUCUUUACAAUGUAUAUGCAGCAGCAGGGAAGUGGACGGAUGCCAGUAGGGUGAGAUUGGAAAUGGAGCAGAAACAAAUAAGAAAAAUAGCAGGGUUUAGCACCUUUGAUUGUGCUUGA